AGCAGUUCGUCGAAGAUCCAUGUGUCUAUUUUUGACAAAAAAUUCCCAUUUGAGCAAGAUCCCAUUACCGGUCCACUUGAUGUACAACUUCUUGAUCAAUACCGUGUGUGGCUUCGUCACGGAUUACUUGUUAGGCACGAUAACAAGUAUGUGUUUUUAUCCACAAGUACAGAUUUUGUUUUUUUGGUCAUUUUGUUCUUUUUAUCAAUACCGGUCAUCUUGUUUUUGUUUUUGCUAUACACACCCCUUUCUUUGUCUCUGUGUAUGUGUAUGUGUUUUCGAGAUAUCAUAACAUAAGUUUUCUUUGUUUUUUUUGGUCAUCUUGUUCUUUGUAAGACUUACUAGUAUAUCUUUUUUGACCUGUUCUAUUUUUUUUUUUUUUUUUUUUGCAUUCAUGUUCAACUUGAUUUUUUGUUUGGCAUACAUACUGAUUUUUUUUGGCAUACAUACUGCUUUAUUUUUGUCUCGCUCUAUGUGUAUGUAUCUUUCUGUAUGUGUGUUAUACUGUCAUAUUUAUUAUUUUUUCACACAUACCAUUUUCAUUUGUCUCUGUAUGUGUAUGUGUUUUUGAGAUGAAAACAAUUUUUGAGGAUUUUGUUUUUUCAAACAGUUUUUCAUAUUGCACAGAAGCUACAACAAGAUACUCCCAAAACAUAAUGGAUGAUGAGUAUUUAUGUAUUUUUCUUUUAUAGAAACUAUAAGGAAGACCAUUACAAAAAGAAGAUGGCAGUUUUUGAGCAUGGGGUCGAGUACAAUUUUGGCAUCACAACUGUCACCGAUAAAAAUUGGUUCUACCUUUUAUCAAUGCCUUGCCAACUAUGGAAUGAUGAGCACAUUGACGUCAUUUUCUACUACUUUCGAAAGAAAGGCAAGUAUGACAAUAGGAUCAAUUACAAAUUCACCACGGUGGACUGUGUAUUCAGGCAGAAGGUUGAUGUUGUCUAUAGCGCCUAUCACAAUCUUGAAACUCAAACCAAUGUGGCCAACGAAGAGCAAGUGUUAUGCGAGUACGUGAAGGGGCACAGGAUUCUUGCAAAUGUCCCGUGGCAUACGGUUGACAAUGUGUUGAUUUCAAUCAACAUACAAGAACAAAAUCACUGGAUAUUGGUUGUGCUUUCAUUCAAGGACAGGCGUCUUUACGUGUAUGACUCGUAUCAAGCAGCAGGGCAUAAUGCAGUUGUUAGGGAUGAAGUACAGAAACUUGCUACACUUCUACCACAUUUCCUACAUAUUGGUGGAUUCUUCGUAGACCAAAAAAGCAUAGAUUUGGUCAAAAACCCGGCUUAUGCGGAUAAGGCACAAAAUGAUAGUCUUGAAGUAGUCUAUGCGGAAAAUCUGCCUCAGCAGGCCAGUGGCAGCAUGGAUUGUGGUGUUUACGUGGAAUUAUUUGCUGAGUAUUUGAGCUCGGGUGGAGUGGUUCCAGCUACAAUUGAUGCAAACAUGAUGCGUAUUAGAUAUGGUGCACUCCUAUGGGACUACGCAGAACGAAAGGUAGUGGACGACGCUGAGAGCGAUAAUGAGGUGCCACCAAGACCAAUUAGGCCAGCCAUAGAUUACACAUCUGUUGAUGCAAUCGAUGUUUGA